AUGACUGAUCCAGAUUGUGAAUCCGUUCUGGUUGACUGGCCAAAAUACGAAUUCCUGGUUGACUGGUUGAAGACACAACCUGUUGAAAAAUGGAAAGAAGAUUUUGAUAGAAAUGGGUUCUUAGUAAGUAAUGUAGAUUCAACUGCUCUGAUCAUUAAAGUAAAGGGUAGACCAGUGAACUCCAUAUAUAUAUAUAUAUAUAUAUAUAUAUAUAUAUAUAUAUAUAUAUAUAUAUAUAUAUAUAUAUAUAUAUAUAUAUAUAUGUGGAACUAUAUAGCUACAUGGAAGGCCGUAUUUAUUUAUUUGCAAUUGACUUCAUUAUAAUAUGUUUUAAGUAAAUUCUCCCUAUAACCAGAUCGACACAAUUCUUAAUAUUACACCUGAUAUUUUUACUCUCUCUCUCACACGAUACAACGCAUACAUUUAGGUCGUUCAUGGACUGCUUGACGAAGAUUAUGUUGAGAUAUAUAAAGGUAAAGUUAAUAGUCUAUUGCACCGAUCAAUAUAACUUCCAUUUAAUACACUCUUACCUAGUUUUCCUGACCCUUAAUGAAGUGUAUACGAGACUUUAGAUUGAAUUUAAACCUGCACGGAGAUGUGAUCCUAGUGGACCAGAGUUCGUGCUAUUGUCUCUGACUCAUGAAUACAGAUUCGGAAAGGAAUGUUAUGCAUUGAUCUAUCAUUUUCUUCUACCAGCACCUUCUCCUUUUUAUUAUUAUUAUUAUUUAAACAUAUUUAUCCACGGUAACCUUUCAGUUGCCUGUUUUUCAAAGGGCCGUGGUCUAAAACUAUUAAAAAGAUAUAAAACUAAAUCUAAACCUGAAGUAUAACACACUAACAUUAAUUCAAAUUGAAGUAUAACAUGCAAACGACCUUACAAUGCAAGUAAACAUUCGAUAAAAUUUCGGGAAAAUUUCGCUAUCUUAGCAAUUUUUAAUAAGCCUUUUGAACUGAUUCAAUGAAAGAUGCUCAUGUUCCUCGAGAAUUUCGUUUGGAAGUUUAUUCCAUGACACUGCUGCGCGGUAGGAAAAACUUUUCUUAAGGAAGUUAGUGUUUGGUUUUGAUAAGUGAAGUUUUCGUUCGUUACUUCUCAAUGCAUAAUUAUCGUUCUGGGACAUAGUAAACAUUUCUGUUAAAUAAUUUGGUGUCAUUUUGUUAAUUGCUUUAAAUGUCAUUGUUUGUUCACGUUGUUCGAGGAUAUUUGCAAUGGGCUCCCAAUUCAAUCUAUUUAAGAUCUCUGUUGAUCUUAUUUCAUACCCUGAGUUAGUGAUAACACGUUCUGCUCUUUUUUGUAAUUUACUUAAUUUGUCAAUGUGGGUGAUAUUUCCGUUGUGCCAAACUGUUGAGCAGUAAGUGAAAUGUGGUAGGACUAGUGAAUUGUACAUUGUAAUAAGGGCAUUUUCUGUCAGAAAACUUUUUGCUCUUCUCAAAAGUGCAAUGUUUUUUGAAAUUUUUGCACAUUGAUUAUCUAUAUGGUUAUGCCAAUUGAGUUGUUCGUCAAGAACCACUCCUAGGAAUUUUUUGUUAGAAACUCUCUUUAUCAUAUGAUCUCCUAUUAAUAUGUCAGGAUCUGAAUUUAUUUGAUUAAGCCUUUGUCUCGAACCAACAACCAUAUAUUCUGUUUUCUCAGCACGUAAAGUUAGUUUGUUAGCUAAUAGCCAAUUAUGAACACUGUUCAAGUCUGAGUUAAUUUUUUGUUGAAUGUCAGUUGCUAAUUUUCCGUCACAGGAUAUAUUAGUGUCAUCUGCAAACAUUGAUGCUUUUGUAGACCUUAAGCAAUUUGGUAAGUCAUUGAUGUAAAGUAAGAAAAGUCCUUAUUGAAAGCAGAACCUACUUGUGGUCCCAAGAACAGCUUGCAAGACUUUUGGACACUGGACUUUCUUCAAAGCUGCAGGACCUAUUGUUUGGAACAGUUUACCUAUAAAUAUAAGAGAAAUAGAGAAUGUUCUAAUGUGAGAAGAAACAUUUGAAGACUUAUUUGUUUAAGAAAGCCUUUGACAUACCUGUGUAGUUGUUAAUAGUUUUAUGAUACAUUUUUUACUUUCCUGUAAUAGAUACGAUAUUGUCAUUUUAUAAUGUUAUUAUUGUAAAUUGCGCUGCCUUUAGAAUAUUUAUAGUUUUAGCGCAUUAUAAAUAUUUUUAAAUUAAAUUUGUAAAAUCCUGAGGAAGAAAUAGGCAUUAUAAUAUUAUAAUUAUUUGUUGCAGGCUGAAGUUGAGGUAAUUCGAGGUGAUGCAUCGUUUACUGCGGAAGGGAACGUGAUUGUUGACAAGAAGCAUGUGUAUAAAGCCAAACAUAUCCUUAUUGCUACAGGAGGACGUCCUACUGUCCCCGCUUUUCCAG